AUGUCAUCCCCUCCUACCGUGGCCAUUGCCGGGGCUUCGGGCAACCUCGGCGCAAGCAUGGCCCAGGUCUUUCUCGAGCCUGCCUUUCGUGCGCGGUUCACCGACGUCAUCGUCCUGGCGCGGGGCAACUCGGCCAAGAUUCAACAGCUGGUCAGCAAGGGAGCCAGGUUACGACAAUACUCGGAAGACAAGCUCGAGGAGGCUCUUGAGGGCGUCGACGUCCUUGUAAACACCGUUGGGCCGUCGGGACACAAGUUCAAGGAGAGCCUGCUCCGCUGCCUCCCUCGGACUGCAGUGCGGCUCUACUUUCCGUCCGAGUUCGGAGUCAACCACUACCUCCACGACUUUGACCACGAAGAGUGGAAUGCCAAAAAACACCACUUCCGCCUCACCAGCCAACUCAUCCCCAACAUCCGCGUGUGCCGCGUGUAUCCCGGCCUCUUUCUCGAGGAAUCCAUCGGCCCAUGGUUUGGGUUCUUCACCAAGCAGGGCAAGUAUGAGGCCAUAGGCAGCCCGGCACAGCCCGUUACCUACACGAGUAUGGACGACACGGGCAAAGCCCUGGCGGUGCUAGCAUCAUCACCUCCGGCCGCUGUGCCGGCAGAGGUCUACCUGAGCGGCGACAGCAAGUCCUUUGCCGAGAUUGCCAAGAUUAUGGGAGAAGCCGGUGCUGGUCACAUUGACGUGUCGCGCAUCCCACUGAACGAGUACAAGGCACAGGUCUUGUCGAAACCGUCGCCGACGCCGGAGAGAUAUCUCAGGUUCCUCAUGGCCGAGGGGAAGAUUGAUCACCGCAGCGAGGGCCUGGGCAAUCACAACCAUCUCGUGCAAGGAGCAGGGGAAGUCGAAGCCUUUAAAUCGAUGACGGAUUUGGCAAAGGAGACCCAGGGGCGACCAUGGGUCGACUCCGACUGA